AUGGCCAUGGAGCGCACCCGCAUCGCGAAGGUUGACGAUGUGACCCUCUCGCGUCGAGGAAUCCAGGUCAACGGAACGUUACAUCUGACACCUCACCACCUCAUAUUCGUUCAUGCCGCUCCUCCCGCCGCCAACGGCAAGCCGACUCGACCCCGAGAAAAUUGGAUAACAUAUCCCAUCAUUCAAUUCUGUACCUUCCGGCCUAGUCCUACCGCCUCCCGGCAGCCUUCGUCCAUCCGUCUGCGCUGCCGCGAUUUCACGUUUUAUUGCUUUUAUUUCAAUGAUGACCGGAAGGCUAGGGAUGUCUACGACAGUGUCAAAGCCUGGACGUGCAAGCUGAGCGGGAUCGAAAAACUGUACGCGUUUUCAUAUCAUCCCACAGGACCCGAAAAGGAUGUGGGCGGCAAGGGUUGGGCUCUGUAUGAUCCCAUGCGGGAGUGGAGGAGAAUGGGCCUCGGUGACGAGAGUCGUAAGACCAACUGGAGGAUCUCCACCAUCAACAAGGACUACAGCUUCUCUCCAACAUACCCUGCCGUUCUUGCGGUCCCGGCAACCAUCUCAGAUAACACCCUGAACUAUGCAGGACGAUAUCGCUCCAGAGCCAGGAUACCGGUCCUUACGUAUCUUCAUCCGGUCAAUGACUGUACCAUUACUAGGUCAUCUCAGCCGUUGGUUGGCGUAAGAGGAAAUCGGAGUAUUCAGGAUGAAAAGCUCGUUGCGGCAAUCUUCAACACUACCAGGGCUGAACGACCACUAUCUGCCUACAACUCGCCUCCACCGGAGAGGGAGGACUCCGGAUCUAGCAAAGAAUCUACCUGCGCAGUUGUCUUGGAUAGUGAAAUUUCGCAGGCGGACGCUGAAGCCGUUGAGGAUGCCAUCAUUGCCAGGUUUCGUGGUGACGAUGACGCCCAAGAUGGUGCAGAGGACAGAAGGCCUUUGGUUUACGGGGCGCAGCAGCGAAAUAUGAUCGUGGAUGCACGCCCCACCAUCAAUGCUCUGGUUAUGCAGACACAGGGCAUGGGCUCCGAAGACAUGAGCAACUACAAGUUUGCUACCAAGGCAUACCUAGGGAUCGACAACAUCCAUGUCAUGCGAGAUAGUCUCCAGAAAGUGAUCGACGCGUUCAAGGAUUCCGACCUGACUCCCUUGGGGCCCAACCAGGAGUUACUACAGAAGAGCAAUUGGCUAAAACACAUUGGUCUCAUUCUAGAUGGCUCGGGUCUAAUCGCUCGACAAGUCGGGUUGCAACACAGCCAUGUGCUGAUUCAUUGCAGUGAUGGUUGGGACAGAACAAGCCAGCUGUCAUCUCUCAGCCAGAUAUGCCUUGAUCCAUACUACCGAACAAUGGAAGGUUUUAUGGUACUGGUGGAAAAAGAUUGGCUGAGCUUCGGCCACAUGUUCAAACAUCGUUCGGGAUUUUUGAGUUCGGAGAAGUGGUUCCAAAUUGAGAACGAGCGAAUCAGCAGAGGGAGUGAGGAUGUUGAUGGCAAGGAAGAGAAGAGCGGAGCCAUGGCCACUUUUGAGAACGCAUUCUUGACAGCGAAGGGAUUCUUUUCCAACACCAAGAACAACGAGUCGAGAGAAUCGAUCAAUGUGGACUCGGACGCGGACACGCCUAAUAACUAUGACUCGGAAUCGCAACCAGGAAGACGGAUUGUGUCUGGAGCAGCGAAGAAGGAGAAAGAGAAGCCGGUCACUAGGGUAAAAGAGACAUCGCCCGUUUUCCACCAAUUUCUCGAUGCGACGUACCAGCUGCUGUACCAAUAUCCCACCCGCUUCGAGUUUACCGAACGAUUCCUUCGACGUCUCCUCUUCCAUCUGUACUCCUGUCAGUAUGGAACAUUCCUUGGUGACAACGAAAGGGAACGCAAGGAAGCCAGACUUAGCGAUCGCACCAGAAGCGUCUGGGACUAUUUUCUCGCCCGCAAACAAGAGUUUCUGAAUCCCAAAUACGAUCCGGUUAUUGACGACAACAUUCGUGGCAAAGAACGCCUUAUCUUCCCCAGGCCUGACGAGGUAAGAUGGUGGAAUGAACUCUUUGGCCGCACCGACGACGAAAUGAACGCCAAACCACAACCCUCCAUCAAAACGCAAACUAAUGGUGCAAUCGAAGGAGGAGGGGCUGAGCUAUGGACGUCUGUCUCGGAUGCUGGUGGAUCACAGCUCGACUACUCAUCCUCUGCUUCGGCACCUACGUCCAGGGCUAGGACCCCUGUGCUCGUAGGUUUGGAGACGAGUGAGGCGAGUAUUGGAUUGACAACUUCUCCUCCACCCAAGUUACAUUCGAAGGUGCAUGAGCCAGUGGCAGAUAGGUCAAAGGUGCCUGUUGUGUCUGGAUCUGCUCUUAGCCCUUCACGGACAGCAUCUCGGACAGCAUCACCCAUGCCGAGAGAAUCAUUUUCGAGAUCAAGGACGCCCAUUCCUGCUGCUUCAUCGACGAAACAGGAAUUGGAGAGUAUCCAAGGCCAACCGAAUGAGCUUGUCAUGAAGAAAGACCGUGACGACGAUGUGAAAACGAGCGACCGCCUCCGAGCCGUUAAGGACGAUUCGGCAGCAUCGAAUAUCCUGUCUACAUCCGAUCAGAGCACGGUCAUGAUUCACCAUUUCCCGCACGGGCAGCAAGCACAAGCAGCUCCGCUACCGGCGAGUCCAAGUCUAUCUCCUCUCAUCAAGCCGCAGGAGCCAGGCCAGGGCAGCAGGCCACAGAUAGAGGAACCUCAGCGGCAAGAUGAUUCCUCCGCCGUGAGCAAAGAGGCUGAAAAGGACAACUCCACCGGCGAAAUCAAGGAGCCAGUAGAGACGUUGGUGGACGACCUGGAUCCCCUGGGGAUUGGCGAGGCCAAAGACAUCCCGAUGGCACAACAGAGUCUGUCAAUGUCGAUGCGCGCGAAAAGAAGAGAACAGAUGGAAUUGUUGAUGAAGUGA